AUGAUUCAUGAGAAGGUGUUCAUCCGGAAGAAGAUUCAGAAGUCAAAACUGGGUGUUGAUACAUUGGAUUGUCUUAGUGAUCUAUUUGGUUGUGUAGGAAAUAGAAGGUAUUAUUUCAACUCGGGGACUACAUUUAACUUGCUGAAAGAUGAUGCAACUUUAUGUAAUUGGGCUAAAUGUUUCUAUACUAAUAGAUUGAUGGACAUUCACAUUGAUCUAAUGGAUGAAGGUCAAUUUGUGCCUACUUCUAAGUAUGAUGAAGGUGGUUGGGUAGAAUUGGAGAAAAAAAAUGAGAGUGAAGCAGAGAGCAGUGAAACAAGUGAGAGUGAAAUGAGUGAAAAGACAGAUAAUGAGGGUUGA